CUCUGGAAGGAUGUGGCUAUCAAAGCUGUAUGGAAGAAGUUUGCUCGAGGAGAACCCAAUCCAGCCGACAUCAAAUCGACAGCGCAGAAGAGAAUUCUGAAAUUGCUCGACCAACACCUCCCUUGUUCUAUCUAUCGAUCAUGAACGACGGGGUUAGUCCGAGCCAGCCAGCUUUUGAUCAGCUACUCGGCGAAAGUUGUAAGCUGUGGUCCUCCUAUCGAGAUGCUGCCAGUACGACACCCCUACUUCCAUCUGAUUGUAUCAAUUUGAAAAGUCUCCUUGGUCGAACACCUUCGUUCCUCGGGAGCGGGUUACUUCCUGAUGAUGUCCACGUCUCCCUCGCGUGCAGGGAAGAGCAAUCUACACAAGGACAGCAAGGCCUACUCACCAGCGGGCGUUCUAUGUGGAGAACUUCUCGAGGCACAUGUAUCCUUGAGCAUAAGGCUAUGACCUUGGAUUUACUAUUGGGUGUUCCAACACCACUUGCGGUGCAGAUUUCCGACUGCGCUCCGUUGACGGAAUGGCCCGGCAUCCAAGGCAUUUCGGGCCAUGACAAAGGCAACUAUCUUACCAUCUUAUUCCUCGCAUGGGCUUAUAUCCUCUCGGCACGAUGGGCCGAAGUUCUAACGGAUUCGUCGGAGCUACAGUGCAAAACCCGCUUUACAACUGGAGUGGUUUCGCCCCGGCUCGGACCGAACCAGCAAGGUGACGUGGAGAUCGAUUUAGGUGAACAUGUCGAACAGGAUGAAGCGAGUUGGUGGAAGGCUGUAUUAACGUCACCAGGCGGCUGGGAGGUGACUGCGGACUACAACGGGAGAACAUUCCUAUCCCCGUGGUCUGUCUCGAUCUCUGCUACAAUACGCAUCGCUGUGGCCGGAGAUCUCGUGGUUCCUGCUGCCCAACCACCAUCAUCCAGCCAGGCCCUCCAGUAUUUGGCUCGAUUUUGCUCCCAUAAUCGCCUCCAUGGUCAAUGUGUGACUGCUCUAGCUGGGGCGCUCUAUAUCCCUUUCCUGAGCGGAAAGUCGGUCUCACUCCCUGUGCCACAGCCCGCCCCACGACACCAAUCCCGGGAACCUGUCGCAUGUUUUGCGCAAUCUCACUCGGAUGUCGUUGCAGAACACGGCAAGCUUCUCACGUAUUAUAUGACGUUGAGCACCAAUGUGUGGGGCAUGCGGUCACUGCUCUGCAGCACUUUUUUCAACGCCGAUAUCGAAUGCAAUCUGGUCAGCGCUUGGCUUAACCCUGCAUUUGCAGUCAUUGAUCCGCUCUUGCGAGAAGAGAAUGUGCCUGUGCUUGCCAAGGUCCUGGCUAACCGGCAACCCAAGUUAGGCAGCCUCUGGCUUGGUGCAAUAUUUAUGGGCGUCGCCAAAUCUACCUUACGGGAUAUUCGAACCGGGCUCACGGCAGUCAAUCUUAGCAUGGCUGCAUGGACCAGGACAGAGCAAUCAUUCAUAACAUCAGAACCAGGUGCUAGUAAUGGGGAAACAAUCCGCCGCGAGGAUGAGUGUCGACUCUUAUUCAUUUUGGGUGUAGACGGAUAUACCAGAGCACCUGUCCAUCCUUGGAAACCUUUUGGAGAGACUCGCCUGAGUGAUGCCGAACUCUCGGUGCGGCAGCAUGCUUCUUGUGGGUGUCAUUGUCUGGAGUACAUUUCAUGGAACUGGACCCUCACGAAUGGCAAAGAACUUGAAGACCCAGGCAUUGAUUUUAUUUCCGACGAUGAGAAUAAUAUUAGCAUACAAAAAGGAGAGGCACAUGCUCCAAAGCAGCACAAUAAUGAGUUGUGUUCCCAGUCAUUGUCAGAAAUUUCUACACGCGGCAUCUUUGGGUGGUUAAGAUCCACAGGAUACACAGCCAAUGAGGAGUCCAUAUACAAGCACCCCUGGAUCGAUAUUGAAGGCUCUGACGAUGAAGAUGUAGGCGACGAUGGAUCCGAUACUUCUGAGCAUAGCGCUGCGCCGACGAAAUUGAUUCUUGAUUGGCUCAAGUAACGUUGAAGCCCAGGGAUGUUGGUCUACUGUGUCAAGUCGAUCCACUCUUCAAAGCCGUCUGGGCCACCAGCUGGAUGGUCCUUGCAUUUGGAACAUAUGGCAUAUUUUCCUGAGAUUCCAUGAUCGCCAGUUUGGCAAAUUUUCCACUGCUUCCGACAUCCUGGUGCUUUGCAGACAAAUCUGUUAUGUGCAUCAUUCCAGUGGUUGCAACUGGCGUUCCUGCAAGAACCUGCUUGACCAGAACUUGCAGUCAUUGUUGAUCCUCUUGGUGCCCGAUGGGAAAUCGAGUGCUGCUCGGAUGGUGAAAUGGCUGUUUAAAAUUUUAGCAACUUUGUUGUAUGACAGCUACAUGUCCCAUACCCUGUCAACCUUACAGUCGGCCAAAUGUUAUCUUCAUUUUGUUGUGUAAUAAAAAUAUACAGCCGUUUAGGUAGGAAUCA